ACUGUCUCUACCGCGUACGAAAUCGGCACUCAUCGAGCUGUGGCUCUCGCAAUGGCGGACAACUCUAUGGCACUCACUCUUCGUUCCCUCACUUGGAGCUACAUCAACACGUCAAUAUCCCCAUCUUUGGGUCCCUCAGUUCCCAUCUACACGGAUAUGCUCGAGCCCUUGUGCGGGUGUUUGCCUCACCUCGAAGUCCUCUCAAUACAAGUUCAACAUCCUGUAUUGCUCCACGAGGACGACCUCUGCCAAUUCGCUCCGCAUUGGCCCGGGCUCAAGAAACUCGAGCUACCACUUCGACACUACCUCAUGCCCGACGCAGAAGCUAUCCGUGCGCAAUCAAGGCUGCCUUCUGCGAUAGGACUCGCCGCCAUCGCACGACAUUGCACGUCACUGGAAUAUCUCGCCCUGGAACUAUCAGACGGUUGGACCAUCAACGACCUAUCUCCCAGCAUGGUUGCACCGACAGACCCAGUGGCUGCGAAUGAAAAGGCACGGGAGUCUUCGUCCACUGGCGUAAUCCAGACCAUUCAGCACCAGAGAUGCCCUGUCGAGCGUCUGUACUUGACCAUCAAUGAGCCCAUUGCGGACCCGCACGCCUUCGCAGAGUUCAUAGAUGGCUUGUUUCCGGACUUGGACGUCGAUUACUGCGAUGCACGGCUCCUAUCCGAGGAACAUGAUGGAUACAAGCAGAUGCGGGGGAUGUGGAAAGCUGUAGAGAGGCUGCAAGGAGGGCGAGCCGAGGGUAUCAUGGACGACGGCGAUUCAGACUCCUCAUUUCAGGUCGUCAUGGGCUCGCCGACGGUCCCGAUACCGACUCCGACGUUCACCCUCCAGCGGGUGCGGCGGGUCGUGCACUUCUCCGCCGUGCCCACAUGCUGA